CAACACUUCAAUUAUCAGUCCAGUUUUGACACGGUGAGCAACAUGCGGAUGCGUCUCCUGAAGCGCCUUACGCGCGCGCCGGUGCGCUCAAAGGCGGCACCGACAACUUCAGAGCAGCAUUUGCCACCUCCAAAGCCGAAAGAAACGUCGUACAGCAAUGGGACGGGCUGGGUGGGUUUCGUGACGACGGCGACGGCCUUGGGGGUCGCUAUCUUGAUGCAUCGAGAUGCGCCCAGCAGCGACGUCGAGUGUGGCUCUAGUGGUGACUCCUGGUGGGGUAGUCCUAAGCUUGAACACCGAGGACACUACACGCUGCUAAAAGAGCUCGGCCGAGGAGGUUUUGACUGCUGCUGCUCUGUUUUGGCAGAAAAGACGUUAUUAAAUUUUUAUUUUAUGGUGAAGGAUUUUCCAUCGUGCGUCUUGCUGUCGACACACAGACUAAGCAGAUGCUGGCUGCGAAGAUUUUUGAUCCGAAGAGCUCGUCGACGGAGACGAUUCAGGCAGAGAUUGAUAUUCUGCGGUAUCUUGGCGUACACCGAAAUAUUGUGUCGCUACACGACGUCCUGUAUCUCAAGGACGAAACUAUUAUGCUGACGGAUUUAGUUGAAGGAGGAGAGCUUUUUGACUACAUCGUCGAUAUGGGAUCCGUCUCAGAGCAAGACGCGGCUCACCUACUGCAUGAUGUCUGUCAAGCAUUAGACUACGUGCACUCCCGUGGCGUAUGCCACCGCGACCUAAAGCCUGAGAAUGUCUUGCUGUCCGAUCGCUCUGCCAAGGCAAAUGUCAAAGUAGCUGACUUUGGAUUGAGUCGGCGCCAACGACAGGGAGAGCAAAUAGUUGAAAAAUUUCCGAAUGGAACAGUCGCGUAUUGGGCACCUGAAAUCAUAAAACGCCAACCUCAGGACUUCGGUGUUGACACGUGGGCUUUCGGUGUUCUCGCGUACAUCACGCUCACUGGAGUGCACCCGUAUGACCCACGAGGCGACAAGUCCGAUGCUGAAAUUGUGAAGGAGAUCGCGAAUGGAAACUAUGACGUUGAAAACAAAUGGUACAAGAGUCUCACUGCGGAUGCGAAGGAUUUUCUGACGCGUCUACUAGAUUCCGAUCCCUCCAAGCGGUUGACUGCGAAGCAAGCACUGCAGCAUCCAUGGCUGAGUGGCAUCACAACGUCUUCGGAGCCCCUUGACAGCGGCUACACUCAACGACUUCAAUCGUAUCAGCGCCUGCAACAACUUCGAGCCAACAUUUUGGCGGUCGUCAUGGGCGUGCAGCAUGCGAAACUGGGUAAAGCUUCGGAUGACGAUAAAAAGCGUUUCACGUCCCGCCGCACAGCAACCGUGAAUAUGGACAUGUUUAAGGAGACGUUUGCUCUCUUCGACAAAGAUGAAUCGGGCUGCAUCGAUCGAGAUGAGCUUAAGGGCAUGCUGCUAGCACUGGGUCAGCAACUUUCAAGCUCGGAGGUUGAUGAGAUCAUGCGGCAAGCAGACACUGACGGGGAUGGGAAGAUUUCAUUCACCGAGUUCGUUAGCAUGAUGAACGAGCGGCUAUUCCGUCGUGGGGAUCUGACGGCUGGAGAUCUUAAAGCAGCUUUCGAUACUUUUGAUGUCAAUCAUGAUGGAUUCAUCACCAGCAGCGAACUCGAGCAUAUCCUUCAUGUGCUUGGCAACAAGCACAUUAGCAAUGACGAAAUCUGCAAAAUUAUCCAAACGGCAGAUAAGAACGAGGACGGGAAGAUCGACUACAACGAGUUCUGCGCCCUGAUGCAGCAGCAGCAGCAACAACAACAAUAACAGACGAAGAGCUAAAACACUACGCCGGGCUUUAGCCAAUGAGAAGUAGCGAUGUGCUGGAGUAGUGGUAUAUGUGAAGAAAUUGCUCAUAUUGCGUGUGGACUAGCUGUUCUGAUGGCUUAUAUUCCGGCUUCGAGCUGCUAAGAUCUCUACUGAAGUGAGCAUACUGCAGAAAUGCAGGUAAGCCUUACAAGUUUCCGGCUCGUGUACAAGUUAAAGUUUUACACGAAUAUAACGCAGUGAUUGGAGGAAUAGCAUCUCCUGUGGGCCCAAUUUGCUCAACAACACUGAACGUUUGGAUCUCCAU